CGUUCUAGUGUUGUUGUGGCUAGGGUGCUUGUGUACAGAACUGGGGUACCUGUCUGGGAAUAAUGACCUCUGGAAGAAGAAGUUUGAGGAGGAGUUCGGGGAAGCUGGGAGUAUAGUGAAGUUCUUUAAGGAUUAUUUUGCUUUACACUGGGAAUCAAAGAAGAGAUCGAUGCAGCUGGUUUUUUAUGCAUUAUUCCCAGCACGGAGAGAUUUUAAUCCUUUUGGAAAUUUUUUAUUGCGUUUAAUGAUAAAAUAUGGAUGAGUUAUUAUGUGAAAUUACAAAAUUUUGAAUUUUAUUAGUUUAGAAAUCAUUGAAUUUGGAUGUUUGAUUGUUUGAAAUUGUAUAUUGAAUUUUUAAUAAUUUUAUUGUAUAUCUAACUAAACCUGAUCGACCAUGGUUGGACUACGGUUGGACCAUGGAACCAUUGAAUCCGUCACUUGACCGGUUCAAUGACCGGUUCGGUUCUCGCAACCUUGCUUGCACCACACCAAACCGCCCCCUCUCUUGUCAUCUGGCUCUCAUCCUCGCUUCCUCAGCCACGAAGCCCGCCGGCCAGGCAUCUGCUCCGAGCCUUCUCUGAAGAUGACUUCAGUUUCUGCUCCAGACGCAAGCUCCAGCGACGCUGCCGCCGAAGACUCCCCUCCAUCUUCCAUCUCCAUUGCCGAAGACUCCCCUCCUAUCCAGCCUCCAGCACCAUCGCCGUCGCCACCGCCGCCGCCAGACUCCCCUCCAUCCGUCCUCUCUACAUCUCUGCUUGGAUCUGAGACUGCCCUCAGCUGUUAGCAGAAUAAUGGCAGAAGAUCUGGUUCUAGAUACUGCAAUCAGAGACUGGGUGCUGAUCCCUCUCUCUGUGGUUAUGGUUCUAAUUGGUGUGCUCCGGUAUUUUGUCUCUAAGCUUAUGCGCUCUUCCCAAACCCCUGAUGUCAAAAUUGUCAAAGAAGGGCAAAUUAUGCUUAGAGCUCGGAACCUGCGUGCCGGAGCGAAUUUCAUUCCAGCGAAGGCUUUCCGUGCCCGCAAGAUUUACUUUUGUAACGAGGAAAAUGGGCUGUUGUUUGUUCCAAAGGGCCAAGCGCAGAAUCCGCAAGCUCAGAUGUUCUCCGAUCCAAACAUGGCCAUGGAUAUGAUGAAGAAAAACCUUUCUAUGAUCAUUCCUCAGACUCUUACCUUUGCUUGGGUGAACUUUUUCUUUUCUGGUUUUGUAGCAGCCAAGAUACCCUUUCCUCUGACACAGAGAUUUAGGUCGAUGUUACAGAAUGGAAUAGACCUAAGCACAGUAGAUGUUAGCUAUGUUAGCAGCCGCUCCUGGUACUUCCUCAAUUUGUUUGGAUUACGAGGAUUGUUUAGUCUCAUCUUGGGGGAGGAAAAUGCUGUGGAUGAUACACAACGUAUGAUGCAAAUGGGUGGAUUUGGAAUGGACCCUUCAAAGGGCUCGAGUGCCGAGAAAGACAAUCUUGACAUAACACAACAUGAUUGGGCCUUACCAAAUUUCGAGCAACGUGCUGAAGCUGUGUUAAGGAAAGUUAUCAAUUGAUCAAUGUUAUGCAAUAGGGAGUUUAGUUGCUUGCAUUAACAGGAGGAUACGAGCCAAACUGUAUAACCAUAGCGAAAGAUGUUGCUGAUCGUGUUGAAGCUAUUAGUGUAUUUUCAAGGCGAAAACCUUUCGUUAUUAUUAGAAAGCACUGAUAACCAGAGAUUAAAUUACACAUUAGUUGCAUAUUUUUUUCUGAAUGUCCAUAAUCAUGAGAAACAUGAAUUUUUCCCGUGAAACGUUCAACUUUGUGCCGUGUUUUAAGUCAUACUACUACUGUCUUUAUCCAUAA